AUGGACUCACGCGACGACAAGCCAGAGGAUGGACAGACCAAAAUUACUGUCAAGCCAGUGGUCGGUAAAGAUGGUAAUACCCGUGCCUUCUGGUCGUUCGAAGACUCCAAGAUCAAGGACAUGUACGACGACUCGGUCCCCACAAAGAAGGAACGUCGAGAGAACUUGGACAAUGUCACUGUGUCCUGUGAUAAUUGCGAAAAAACCUUACGUCGCGCUGACAUCAAGCGAGAUGGUAUAUUAAGUCAUGCGGACUCCUCUCCUGGCGGAUCAGAGGAUGAAAAUCCCGAGCAAAUGGUCGCGUACAGUAAAAUCGAGAAAAUUCCUAGAGAAGACACGCCGGAGAGAACCCAGAAAGGCGAUACUUCCUUUCGGCAAUCCUACAAAGGAUCUAUGCCCGUUAUUACUGUUUGGUUUACGACCGAGGACGGCGGAGGAGCACAGGGUGAAGUUUCCAAGACCAUGGAGAUUCCUUGGGGCAUGUUGAACUAUGUCAAGGAGAAGGGAACAAUCAAAUUCAGGUCAUCAAUGCUAGGUGAUAGCGAGCACCCCAUGCAAGCGGAGACACUUAGAGAAUCUAUUCAACAAUCAUAUCAGAAUGGACAAGUCGAAUCAAAUGCGUCUCCGCGUGAAAAAGAAGUCAAUAAACUAGAACGAUACUAA